AUGAUAAAUUCGCAUGAAUGCAAUGGCAAUAGCUAUAAAGUGAUAGAUGAUGAUAUCGGUACCAAUAAUUCUAUGAAUAUUAAUUUUGAUAACAAUGUAUCAGAUUCCUGUGAUAAUAACAAAUGUCAUAAUAUAGUUGAGCAUAGUGCUAUUAAUGUCAACAAUUCUACAAACACUGAUUUUGAUAAUAAUAUGAUGAAUUCUUGUGAUAAUGAACAUGCUCACGAAAGAAUAAAUGGUGAAAGUUAUAUCAAUAAUCCUACGAAACAUGUUGAUUGUGAUAAUGCCAUGAUAUUUUCCAAAGACUGUAAUAAUGAGCAUAAUAGAGUAAAGAUUGUUGAUCAUAAGAUUGUUAAUCUUAAUGUAUCAUUUUCCUAUGAUAAUGGCAACAGUCAAAAAAUGAUAUAUGGUGAUAUUAAUGUCAGUAAAUCGUUGAAUGACGACAAUAUACCACUUUCCUGUGAUAAUGAUAGAGAUCGUAGCAUAGUUCAUAGUGCUAACAAUUCUACGAAUGACACUGAUUUUGACAAUAAUGUGACGUUUUCUUGUGAUAAUAACAACUGUAACAUUAUAGAUAAUGAUAUUACUACUAAUAAUUUUAUGAAUAAUAAUAAUUCCUGUAACAAUGUGACAUUCACAUACGAUAAUGAUAAUAUCAAUAAUUCUGAAACUGGUGUAAUUCUCAAUGAUGUCAUGAUAUUUCCCUUUGAUAAUAAUUCUAGUAUAUUGAAUGAUCUCACUAGUGCCGAAACUUCUAUGAAUCACACACACAGUGAUAGUAAUAAUCAUAUAACAUUUUCAUGUGAUGAUAAUACUAUUGACAACAUUGUUUGUGCAAACACAACGAAUAUUUCCGAAUAUUUACCUUCGGAAAUUACAACUGAAAGAGAAUCUACAGAACAUGAUGUCAGCAAUAACAUAUCUACAACUAAUAAAAAUAACAUAUCUGCAUCUGAUAAAAAUAGUUCAGCUUCACUGAUAGAUAUUUCUUCUAUAAACACAUUUGGUUGUCGAGAAGACAAUUUAUUUGUUCCAUUUUCUAUACCUAAGGGCCUUCAGAAAAAGAAUUUUUGUUACUAUUGCAAAAAAUUUCAAAGCAAAAUUGCACGUCACUUAGAAAAUGUACAUAAAUCGGAACCUGAAGUUAAAAAAUUUGUAUUGUUACCAAAAGAAACAAUUAGGAGGAAGGGUAAUUUUAUACAUAACACAGAUCCUUCUAUAAACACGGGAGAGUUAAUUGUUUGUCGAAGGCCAACUAGAAAUAGUUGUAAAACAGUACAAAAUUUUACGUGUUGUGCAAAGUGUAAAGGAUGGUUCACUAAAAAUAAUAUCAGACAUCACUUUAAGAAAUGUAUAGAUGUAGGCACAUCCAACGGCAGAAAUGUACAAGUUUUAGGACGUACUGUGAUGGGAAGAAUCCAUGAAUGUGCAAGUGAAACAGUAAGAAAAGUUUUAUUCCCAAUUUUGAGGGAAGAUGAUGUUACGCGAUGUAUUAGAUAUGAUAAAUUAUUAAUAACAUAUGCAAACAAACUAUGCAUUAAGUACAAUCAUCAACAUCAACAAGAUAUGAUUCGUGCUAGACUUCGAUUAUUAGGACGGUUUCUUAUCGCAGUAAAAGAGUAUAGAUCUAACGUGACAGAGUUUACUGACAUAUAUGAUCCUUCCAUGUAUGAUGAUUGUCUUAAAGCAGUAAAUAAAAUAUCUCAUUUUGAUGCUGUUAAUAAAAAAUAUGGUGCACCAUCAGUCGCAUCAAAUAUUGGGACAUACAUAAAACAAAUUGGUAAUUUGUUAAUAAGUGAGUGCAUAAAAACAAAUGAUGUAGAAAAGCAAAACACCACAGAAAACUUUUUAAAAUUAGUACAAGAAGAUUAUGGGAUAUCCAUAAACAAAACAGUAGAAGAAAAUGUAACACAACAUAAAAGACAGAAAAAAGUUAUACUUCCAUCUAUGGAAGACAUAAAAAAGCUACAUUUAUACCUAAAAAGCGAAAGAAAAGUAUUAUAUACAAAGCUCCAGAAGAAAUUUAUGUACAAAACAUGGCUAGAACUUGCAAAAGUUACACUUACAUCUACACAAGUUUUUAACAGAAGAAGAGCAGGAGAAAUUGAACGUGUUACUAUAGAAGAUUUUAAUACUCGCGAAGGUAUAACAAAAGAAACUUAUUUAGAUUUAUAUAAAUCAUUAGGAACAAAUUUGCAACAGAUUGCUAAUAAAUACGUCAGAUUUUUAAUUCGUGGGAAAUUAGGACGUACCGUGCCUGUCAUAUUAGAUAUGGAAUUAGUUCAAUGUAUUGAACUAAUUUUGAAGCAUCGAAAGGAUGCAAAUGUUCCUGGAAAAAAUCCAUAUGUGUUCGGCAUACCUAGUAAUACUAAACGUUAUUUUAAAUAUUUAAGAGCAUGUGUCCUUAUGCGAUAUUUUUCUAAAAAAUGUGAUGCACAAAUACCACAUUCAUUAAGAGGCACUGAAUUACGCAAACAUAUUGCUACAACAUGCAUUACGUUGAAUUUAUCUGAAAAUGAAGUGGAUGAUUUGGCUAACUUUAUGGGACAUCAUGAAAAAAUUCAUAAACGUCACUACCGGCAGUCAAUACCAGCAUUAGAGAUUAUCCGUAUGACAAAAUUUCUUGAAGCAGCGUUAGGUGAAAAUGUGCAACAGCAAUCCAAUAAUAGCGAUUCAGAAGAGGAAGGUACAAGAACAGAUACGUCGAAUGAAGCAUCGGACAGCGAAACAUGUAUGAUAAAUUCACGUGAGCCUCUUUCAGUACAAUCUGGAAAAAACAAAUUUUCUAAAAUUUGCAUAACAAAUAAACAACAAAAAUCUAUAAAAAGAAAAAUUAAGCAUCAAAAUCAUGCAAUUACAUAUAACGACAAUGAUGAAAAUUAUUCUCCAAACAUAAAAAAACGUCGCAGUACAUCCCCAUAUGGUUUAACAAAAAGAAGACGUUGGACAGAAGAAGAACGUACUGCAGUAAUUAAAGAAUUUUCAGAGGAAAUUAAUUCUUCACAAUUGCCAUCUAACAAAAAAAUUUCUUAUGUAAAGGAAAAAAAUAAAUACUUAAUCAAUCGAUCUGUUGCGCAAAUUAAAACAUGGCUUCAUAAUUAUAUAUCUGGCAAAAUUAAACGAUAUUAA